AUUGUUUUCAAAAUGAUGUUUCUCUUAAUAUUUACAAUGUUUGUUUUCUUCCAGGAAUCCAUCUCGGAAGAAAAUGUUGUAACUAGACUAUCGCAAACGGAGAAAAGGGUGGAGCUUUUGUUCGAUCAACUUCAGCAACAAAAUGAUGAAAUCAUGCAUUUAAAACAGAUCAUUGCCGAGAAAGAAAUAACAAGAAGAGAAGAUCACUUUAAUCUUAACAGAGAAUCGAGACUUUUACUACCACAGCCACAAACUUCAACAAUUGCUUUCUAUGCUUGGCUGAAUAAAACAGAGCAGAAAGUCGGUCCACAUCAUACCUUGAUACUAGAUCACGUGGAAACAAAUUCUGGUAAUGCAUACAAUCAUCAUAGUGGUGUUUUCACAGCUCCAAGUAACGGAGUCUAUUUAUUUUCAUACACCGUAUUCCCGGAUAAGCAUUCCUACGGCACCAUAGAGUUGAUAGUAAAUAGUCAGAGCCAUGCUGCUAUCUUUGUAGACAGUUCUCCGUCAGAUCCCGAUUUAGGAGGUACAACGGGAGUAGCCAUACUGUAUCUGAAACAGAACGACGUAUGUUACCUUCGCACACAUUCCACCCAUACCUUCCUUGGAAAUAUAUACAGUAGUACGACUGCUCGAACCUCUUUCUCGGGCGUUAAAAUUACAACAGAAUGA